GAAUCAUGAGAUGCUAAGAAUCUUCCAAGCAAGUUAUACAACUCCAUUAAUAAAUCAUGUUCAAUCAACAGCAUAAAUGUGGCACCCGCACUUGGUAAUCAAUGCUCAACAGAUAGCACUGCUGAGUUCCUAUGCUUUUUCUUUUCCUGAAAAAAGAAACACAACAACCCAGUGCAGGAGUGAUUUUUGAGUGCAAAAAUGACCAUUCAUAGCUCCAAUCAAAAUCACAGCCUCUCUCUGACUGCAUUUCAAAUCUCAGUUUAGGGAAUUAUAUACUCUCACAUGUUCCUGAACUGUUGUCAUUUUCCAACAUAACGGACGGUUGUGUUUUACUGGAUGAAAGGGAAAUGGGUGUUUCCGUUCAAGCUUGCUGCAGGACAUAACAGCAGCUGCACUGACUGUAGCCAAAGAAACACAGCAGUUGUAAGGGAAGAUUUUAUUGGCUGAGAGUGUGUUCAUUCCCCUUUGGUAAUGUUACACUCCCUGAAGUGAAGUUUCCUGUUGUGCAUUUCUUGGGAGAAAGAGAUACUUUGUUUUGAAACAGAAAUCACUCCGAUUCUCUUGGCAAAACACAAAAGACAAGCUUCUAAGAGUCAGUGCCUAGCUGUUAUUAGUCCAGCCACAAAGAGAAGACAACUAGCUGGAAAUACAAAGUGAAAGUAUGGAAUCUGUAUCAAAAUUCAUCAAGCAAACCUCUUGGUUGCCUCAGGAUUUCUCUCUGAUUCUCCAUGUGGUAGUUUUUGCCAGCCUUACCUAUGUGGUGCUGAAAGUCAUACAGCUGUAUCGGAAGAACCAGCAGCUAGUCAAAGCUUACAGCUCUUUUCCAGGACCUCCUGCCCACUGGCUGUAUGGCCAUCUCGAAAUGGUGAAACCAGAAGAAGAAUUCCAGAAUCUAGUAGAGUGGACAAAGAUAUACCCACAUUGUCAUUCAUUAUGGUAUGGGCCAUUCUUGGGUGUGUUAGUCAUCAAUCAUCCUGAAUAUGCGAAGAUGGUGUACAGUAGAGGUGAUCCCAAAUCUCUUGCAGUAUACAAAUUCCUCGUUCCAUGGAUCGGACUAGGGUUGCUAAUUCUGGGUGGGCCAAAGUGGCAGCAGCACCGGAAGCUCCUCACCCCAGGGUUCCAUUAUGAUGUUCUGAAGCCUUAUGUGACGGCUAUGGUAGAGUCAGUCAAGCAGAUGCUGGAUAUAUUGGAAAAUGUCAUCUCCAAAGACACCACAGCAUCAGUAGAGAUGUUUCAGUAUGUCAGUUUGAUGUCCCUCGAUACCAUCAUGAAAUGUUCCUUCAGCUACCAAAGCAAUUGUCAAGUAGACCGGAAUAAUUCCUACAUUAACACAGUCUACAACCUCUCCUUUCUGGCCAUUGAGAGACUGAAAACACCUUUGGUCCACAAUGAUCUCCUUUACUCGUUCAGUCCCCAAGGGUACCGUUUUCACAAAGCUUGCAAAGCAGCCCAUCUUCACACGAAUAAUGUAAUACAAGAAAGAAAGAAGUCUCUCAAGAAUGAGCAAGAGCUUGAAAAGAUCUUGAAGAAGAGGCGUUUGGACUUUCUGGAUAUUCUUCUCUGUGCAAAGGAUGAAAAUGGAAAUUCACUAUCAGAUGAAGAUUUACGUGCUGAAGUGGACACAUUCAUGUUUGAAGGCCAUGACACUACAGCUAGUGGAAUUUCUUGGCUCUUUUACUGUAUGGCUCACAAUCCUGAACACCAGCAGAGAUGCAGAGAGGAGAUAAAGGAACUUCUUGGGGGAAAGGAGGUUAUUCAAUGGGAUGACCUAGGAAAGAUGACAUAUACCACCAUGUGCAUUAAAGAGAGCCUUCGGAUUUACCCACCGGUACCCCAAAUAGCACGAGAACUGAAUUCACCUGUGACAUUUGCUGAUGGACGAACCUUGCCAAAAGGAGUUCUGGUUAUGCUGAGUAUUUAUAGUCUUCACAGAAAUCCUGAAAUUUGGGACAACCCUGAGGUCUAUGAUCCUCUACGAUUUUCUCCAGAAAAUUCAAAACAUCGCCACCCAUAUGCUUUUCUUCCCUUUGCUGCUGGGCCAAGGAACUGCAUUGGACAACAGUUUGCGAUGAAUGAGAUGAAAAUCGCUCUUGCUUUAACACUUCAGCGGUUUGAACUUUUGCCUGACCAUUCCAAAAUGCCUACUCCCAUUCAGCAGAUCGUCACUCGAUCUACAAAUGGAAUACACCUGAAACUGAAGCCUAUUCACUAGGGCUAUUCACAGAUCCCCUAUUUGAUUUGGAGAUCCACUCAUAGCUUGGGAAUGUGUCCCAAUGUAGACCUGACUGAUUCAUGUCCCAUCCAUAUCUAAUUGUAUCUUAGAUCUAAACUGAUUUGUAAAUUCAGCUUUGCUAGCCUUUCCACUGACUUGCAUCAGAAACUGCUGUAAUACCUCAGAACCUGAAUAGAGGAGUAAACCUGCCAAAUUUCAGAUGGCUGGCAUCAGUUGUUCACUUACUAGGCACCCAUAAUGUUUCUUUUCUCAAAAAUCAAUGUCUGAACUGGUGUGAAGCUUUCCUGAUUAGUCUGAAGUAUAGCGGAAUUUCAGCCACUUUUUUCUUUCAUGUGCAUUAUAUCAUUGACGCAAGAACUCAUUUUUCUUUGUUCAGCUGGAUAAAAUCAUAGCUGUAAUGAACUAAAGGAGAGACUAGGGAGGGAGAAAAUUAGACGUCACAAAGAAAGCCCAUCCUUGUUAAUUUUGCACAGACAUUGCAGUAGGCUGUAAAGUUUUCUGGAAAUUUUUCUAGUGUUAAAUUUUUCUGCAGAAUAUUUCCAUUUUAAAAACAUAUUGAAAUACGUUAGUAGUAAUGCAUAAACAUGGUUGGCAGUUUCAAAGUUGUCUUGGCUAGCAGACACAUCCUCCCCCCCUUUUUCCCCCCUCAUGAAGAAUUAUGAUGCACAAUCAUCCAAACUAAAAAUUAAGCAAAAAAAAUUUUUUUAGCUCAUUGCUGCUAAGUGUUGGGAUGCUCUAAUCAUACUGCAUGUGCCAUAAACACUUCAAACCAAAACAUCACACCAAAGAUUGCUGUGUGUCUAUCACAAAAAUUUCAUCAGAUUAAAUAUUAGCCAAGGUUUUAUUAGCUAAUAUAGGUCAUUACCAAAGGCAAUAAUUAUGCUAUCGAUUGUUAUCUUCCCUCCUACCUUUUCAGAACAAGGCUCAAAAGUAACAUUUGCCAUUCUCUACAUUACCACAUGCUGUUCCUCUGUUGUUUCCUUUAAUCAUUGUUCACAGAACCAGGUUUCAAAAGAACUGAAUACCAAGCAGGCAUCUUAUUUCAUUACUAGAUGUGAAAUACAGCCAAACACAACGGUCUCUUUACUAUGUGUUUUACUAUGUAAUAUCUGUGUUUCUGACGUUUAUAUCUGAUGAAGUGGACAUUUUCCAUGAAAGUUGACAUUAAAAUACAGCAGCUAGUCUUGAAGGUGUGACAGCCUCUCCCUUUUCUUCUUCUUCUUCUUCUUUUGCUUUUGUUUUCUGUUUUCUGUUUCUUGU